AACCUUAGGCAUCUCUCCAGGUCUAGAGUCACCUCACCAUCCAAAUACUGAAGACUAAGAAGAAGAAGAACGAGAAGAAGGCGGGUCUCCCACCUGAUAAACUCCAGACCCCAACGCAAAAACGCCUUAGAAAGCGCCAGCGAUUGGUCAGCUAUGGAGUUCGUUGACACCGUCCUCGCCUUCCUGGUUAAUAUUCGAGGCCCCUUCCUGCUCUCGCUCCUCAGUGAUGUUGACGUAGCAACGGGGGAAGACUUGCAACCAGCUGAGUGGCUAUAUAACAACAACAGGAGCUAACGCUGGCCUCAAAAACCACUCGCUGACUACUACUACUUCUUCGUCACUGGAGAGUCUGCUUAAUUAAGAUUUGAGCCAGUGGAUACAGUUGUAAACGAAGCCGACUUAGAAAGAAAAUUAGCUGUACCAUCGGCGGCCCGGAGCGGUACGAGCGACGAUUGUUUACACUUGCCCGACUCCAGAAAUCUGUUACAGUUCAUCUUUUGCAUGGAAUUCCAGAAUUCGUUGGAAAAAGUCAAACCAAAGCGAGGCCAUACCGAGUAAAAGGUCUUUCUAGUUUGGCGUACUGUCAGCAUAUUCCUUGGAUUAGCUGGUAUCAUCCUCGAUAUUAAAGUGCAACUUCGUCCUCUUAAACACCAGCUUCUUGAAAUAAGAAAGUAUAGACGUAGCAGUUGAUGCAAAUAUUGGAUGCUCACUCUAAAUUGUGAGCGAAGACACCACUGGAUACUACUAAUGUUUCUGAUGCUGGAAUCUGCCUUCACUCACUGGAUACUACUUAUGUUUCUGGCCAUAGGAAUCAACGCAGGGCGAGGAAUAAUCAGCCUAGCAUUUAUGUUGACUGCCAUUGCAGUAUCUGGACAAGCUAAGAACCAGCUAAGAAAUUUUUCUUGGUUAUCUGUUGCCCAGCUUUUCAAGAUAUUUUGAUGUAGCAGAACUUUGGAUUUUUUUCCUUUUUAAUCUAGUUUAAACAUAAAAAUGGUAGUUGCUUGCAAACGCCACUGUUACCGUGAAGAUAAGCCUUUCAAAAUUGACUCAAUUUGUGUUUGACUUAAUCAGAAGUGGUUCAGGCGUGAAAUAUUUAAGACUGGAACCUAGCAGACCAAUUAUAUUGAAUUUUUGUGAUCUUGUGUAAUGGAGUGACAGUUACUAAAUCUAUAAAAUCUGUGUUCGAUUUUAGAUAAAUUUGAUACAUGUAUAUGAAAUUUAUCAUUAGUGUAUUUAAUUUGGUGAAGACUGAAAAAGUGAUAAUCGUAAAUCAUAAUACUUCUCGUAGAUAUUAAGCCUUCAGGAAUUUGUUUAGCGUUCUAUACAAAAUUAUUGGAUUUGAGUGAAUAUGGGAUGAUAAAUUUAUAUUAAUUUCUUAAGUUGAUAAGCUGAUUUACCUGAUGCUUCUGCCUUUACCUGAUGCUUCAUCUUACCUGAUUUACCUGAUGCUUCAUCUUAUGUUUGGAAAGUGAAAACAAAUUGUCAUUCCGAAUUGUUUAUUGUUGUAAAAAAUACCCAAAUUCCACAAAGAUGGUAAAGCUGAGCAUAUUUGAAAAAUACGCUGAACGUCCAAAGUUUUGGCAAAGGAACUUGAACCUUAAUAAUGAAAGCACCAGUACAAGCAGCGAAGACAUGGAGCUCUCAGAUGGCAGUGCUGAUGAACACAGGACUGCCAACCUAAGAAGUGUCUGCCAGGAAAAUGCUAAUGGAGCUCACAGGAUGGGAAAUGAAGGUGGUAAUGAAGUUGGACAGCUAGAUUGCAGGGCACAUGGUGCUGUACACAAUGUAGUCUCUGGGGGUUUUACUAAUCUUGGCUAUGAAGUUGAGGAACAACCCUUGAUGAAAGAUCCAGUUGGGGAUUUGAGGUCUUACCGCAAGUACACAGAUGAGGAGGCAAAGCCUUUAACAUGCAACGAAGUACUUGUAAACAAUGUUGUCUCUGGGGGUUUUACUAAUCUUGGCUAUGAAGUUGAAGAACAACCCUUGGUGAAAAGUCCAGUGGAGGAUUUGAGGUCUUUCCGCAAGUACACAAAUGAGGAGACAAAGCCUUUAAUAUGCAACGAAGUACUUGUAAACAGCGAUUGUAAAUUAUCUAGUAAUAUGCAAGAUGAAGACAUCGACAGACUAGAAAACCUCGUUGAUGGUGAUGCCAAUGAUGAGGAGAUGGACAAAAAAGGGACGUCGCUACAAGAGGAAUCUUUCAUGUCAACAUGCGAAGUCGCGAAAGGGGAGCCCUCAAGAAUGGAUGGUUGUGAAGCAACCCUGGCUGACACUCCUGAGAGUUCAGUGGACGAGGAAGAAGUUGAUCAUGCACCAGAGUCAGACGACCUGUGUAACUCUGAUCAAGAGGACCUCGAGAAUUUUGGACACACAGCCAUAUACUCGUGCAGCAUUGAAGACGAGAUGGAGGAAUCAGAUGGUGAUGACAAAUACUCAGGACACUGGAAGAUCUGCAUGAAGAAUGAGGUGAGAAUGGUCAUCACCAAAGCAAAGAAGAAGAAAAAGUAUCCAAAGCAAGAGGUUCGAGGCAGGGGCCGAAGGAAGAGAAUCAAACUCAAGUUACGUCUUUCUUAGCCACAUACGCUUUUGAAGUUGGGAGUCCCAAUGGAUUAUAAUAUAGGUUUUUAUAUGGUCUUUCAUGAAUUUGCGUAAGUUUGUACAAAUGUAUUAAGAGUGCUUUCAGAUAGAUUAAAAUCAAAGUGCAUGUUGUUUAAGGUGCCUCAUACUUAGGAUAACAUUUUAUACAUCAAUAUGGCUGUUCUAUAAGUUAAUAAUGUUAAAAUGUUAAAACUGCAUAGUCUAUAUUCAUAAGUGGCUUUAUUAUAUUAUCAAAAGCUUAUUUACUUAGGUUAUGUUUAGUGCUAUAAAGAAACUCUUGGACUUCUGAACAGAGGUCUGUUCAGUGUCCCUCAAGACAAUUUAUUAUUGUUCCGCAUCACCUUGCUUACUAGUCUAAAAAGGCCUUAAACUGCAGCCUGAACCUAAUUCUAGGUCUGCACCUAUUCAGAACAACUUAGCAACUAGGUAUAUGUGGUUGUAUUAAUCUGAAUGUGUACCCCUUGGCUAAUAUUUAAGCAAUACUGCAUUUUUACAUUGAGAGAGUCAUGUACGUCUUUUGUUUCCUUCUGUAUUUCACUCUAACAUUUUGAUACUUACAAUUUCCAUAACGUCGGAAGUUGUAGAGUAGCCCUUGUCUGGUAACAGUUUGUAGUGAUAGUAAAAUACGUACCUCAUUUAAACGUAGGUAUGCAUUGUAGAGAUGAUAUACUGGGCACUCGAGUAUCUCCUGUCAUGUUUGAGGGUUAUCUUUAGAUUUCGUGCAAUAUUAGAUUUGAGAUUCGAAGUAUUGUAAUUAUUUUAAAAGGUUCGUGCAUAUUUUAUCUACGUAGUCUAUAGAAAUUGUCUAUGCUCGUAUUUUGUUGAUUGGUACUUAUUACAUAUUAGUGUACAUGAAUUAUAUUGUGUUCAUUACUUAAGGCAAUACUAGAGCCAAAUUAUUAGACGCUUCAGUGUGAAAACUUGUAGUACUCGAAUGUGUUCCCGUUUGCACUUCUUCAGUAAUUUAAGAAAUCUGCGACUUAUUCUGAGCACAUCCUCGUGUUAUAAGUGAAUGCCACAAGGCAUAAUAUGAAAGGCGAGAAGUAACUUGGAAGUUAAGUGACAAAGCUUACCUCUUGGUUGUCAUAUCUUAUCAGAUAGUGCCUCGUUAAAUAAUCAUUCUCCUGUUACAGUUGUGCUUUGAAUCAUACCAAAACAUUCAUUUUUGUUUGGUUGGUGCUGUUGUCAUUAGUUUUACUGUUAUUAUUAAGUUUAUUCUGACCACUCGGUCUAAUUCUUUUACUAUUUACCUGGUCAGUUUAACAGUUACGGGUCAAAUGAAUCAUAAAGACAGUAUAUUUAGAUAUGUUUAGUGUGUAUCAGCAUUAUAGAUACUGCAUAGGUUUUGGAAUGAACAGAUCCUUUAUUCAAAUAGAAUAAAUAUGCUUAUUUCACUCGGUACAGAAAUGUUUGGCUAAUAAAA